CUAUGUCAAUCUUAUCACCAGGCGCGGCGAGCAUCGCAAUUAUCGCGGUUGCGUAAAAUAAAUAUGAUUAAUCCGUUAUAGAGGCGAAUUUGUGUUCACUCGUAAUGAGGCUUUGAAGUCCAUCCGUGCAUAACAACGCUACCAAAACAUAAUUAUAUACCACAGGAUAUUCACAUUAAACCGAUGCUCAGUUACAGCAGGUGGCGUUGCUUGUAGGCUAUAAUUGCGUAUGGAUACGGAUUUUGGAUUGGAUCUGCCUGUUCUUCAAACGCCAAGGAAUCCUUGAGAAAGGUCGAAUCAACCCUUGCUUUGCUUGGGGCAAUGUGCGUCUAGAUGACAACUACAUCAACAAGCACGGUAGCACUGGACUAAAGAUAUAACCGCCCACUUCCUUCUCUCUCCGUUUGAGCCUCUCGCGCCCGCUAGCACCAUGGGUAACCGGGGAAUGGAGGACUUGAUCCCGUUGGUCAACAAGCUUCAGGACGCUUUCAGCGGCAUCGGUCAGAGCUGCAAUCUUGACCUGCCACAGAUCGCGGUAGUCGGCGGACAGAGCGCUGGCAAGAGUUCCGUGUUGGAGAACUUCGUUGGCAGGGACUUCCUGCCCCGAGGCUCUGGGAUCGUCACCCGCAGGCCCCUUGUCCUGCAGCUUAUCAGCGCCAAUGCAGAAUGGGCAGAGUUCUUGCACUGCAAAGGGAAGAAGUUCACAGAUUUCGACGAGGUUCGCCAGGAGAUUGAGGCAGAGACUGACCGCAUUACCGGUGCCAAUAAGGGCAUCUCUCCCGUCCCCAUCAACCUGCGCGUCUACUCCCCACAUGUGCUGAACCUGACCCUGAUCGACCUGCCAGGCAUCACCAAGGUGCCGGUGGGGGACCAGCCAGUGGACAUUGAGCAGCAGAUCAGAGACAUGAUCAUGCAGUUCAUCUGCAGGGAGAGCUGUCUCAUCCUGGCUGUCACCCCGGCCAACUCUGACCUGGCCAACUCCGACGCCCUCAAACUGGCCAAAGACGUCGACCCCCAGGGCCAGCGGACCAUAGGAGUGAUCACCAAGCUGGACCUGAUGGAUGAGGGAACAGAUGCCAGGGAGGUCCUGGAGAACAAGCUGCUGCCCCUGAGGAGAGGUUACAUUGGAGUGGUGAACCGCAGUCAGAAGGACAUUGAUGGGAAGAAGGACAUCAAGAUGGCUAUGGCUGCUGAGAGGAAGUUCUUCCUGACUCACCCGGCCUACAGACACAUGGCCGAAAAGAUGGGCACCCCGUGCCUACAGAAAGUCCUCAACCAGCAACUGACCAACCACAUCCGUGACACGCUGCCAGCGUUCCGUAGCAAGCUGCAGACCCAGCUGCUGUCUCUGGACAAGGAGGCCGAGGAGUACCGAGGAUACCGCCCUGAUGACCCGGGACGGAAGACCAAGCAACUGCUGCAGAUGGUGCAGCAGUUCUCAGUGGACUUUGAGAAGCGUAUCGAGGGCUCUGGGGACCAAGUGGAUACUGUAGAGCUCUCUGGUGGAGCCAAGAUCAACCGCAUCUUCCACGAGCGAUUCCCCUUCGAGCUGGUGAAGAUGGAGUGUGAUGACAAGGAGAUGCGGCGGGAGAUCAGCUACGCCAUCAAGAACAUCCACGGUAUCAGGACUGGCCUGUUCACUCCAGACAUGGCAUUUGAGGCCAUCGUGAAGAAGCAGAUAGUUAAGAUCAAGGAGCCGUGUAUCAAGUGUGUGGACAUGGUCAUUCAGGAGCUGAUCAACACCGUGCGCCAGUGUACCAACAAGUUGGAUUGCUUCCCCAGACUGCGUGAGGAAACCGAGAGAAUUGUGACCUCACACAUCCGAGACAGAGAGAGCAGGGCAAAGGACCAGGUGUUGCUGCUAAUCGAUGUCCAGCUCUCGUACAUCAACACUAACCACGAGGACUUCAUAGGCUUUGCUAAUGCACAGCAGAGCAGCAAGCAGAGUAACAAGCAGAGCAGCGCUGCGAGCCAGGUCAGCCAGGUAAUCCGUAAGGGCUGGCUGACCAUCAACAACAUCAGCAUAAUUAAAGGCGGGGCUAAGGAAUACUGGUUUGUCCUGACCGCUGAGAGUCUGUCCUGGUUCAAGGAUGAUGAGGAGAAGGAAAAGAAAUACAUGCUCCCUCUGGACAACUUGAAGGUGCGCGACGUGGAGAAGGGGUUCAUGUCCAGCAAGCAUGCCUUUGCCAUCUUCAACACAGAACAAAGGAAUGUGUACAAGGACAAUCGUUUCCUGGAGCUGGCCUGUGACACUCAGGACGAGGUGGACAGUUGGAGGGCUUCACUCUUGCGCGCUGGAGUCUACCCCGAAAGGUCUUCUAAUGUGGAAAGUGAGGGAGGCGGCACAUCGUCCUCGUCCCAGGACAACUUCUCCAUGGACCCUCAGCUGGAGCGGAAAGUGGAAACCAUCCGGAACCUGGUCGACUCCUACAUGGCCAUCGUCAACAAGUGCAUCCGUGACCUCAUGCCCAAGACCAUCAUGCACCUCAUGAUUAGUAAUGUGAAGGACUUCAUCAACGCGGAGCUGCUGGCCCAGCUGUACUCGGCCGAGGACCAGGGUGCCCUGAUGGAUGAGUCCCAGGAGCAGGUCCAGAGGAGGGACGAGGUCCUCAGGACCCACCAGUCCCUGAAGGAGGCCCUGGCCAUCAUAGGAGACAUCUCCACCACCACCAUCUCCACCCCCAUGCCCCCGCCCGUGAACGACUGGCGCGGUGGAGGCGGAAACAGGUCUCCUCCAACCAGCCCCACUGGUUCCAGGAGGAUGUCAUCAGGCCAACGCCCUAGUCCCGGAGGAGGGCGAGGGGCUCCACACCCUCCUAACCGCCCAGGACCCCUGGGGCCCUUCAACAACAGUGCUGACAGCCCCCAGAUCCCCAGCCGCCCCAACCGGGCCCCUCCCAACAUCCCCAGUAGGCGACCCCCUCCUUCUCCAACAAGAAAUAUUCCCCCAUCAUAAGCAAGGAGCUUGCGAUCUCUAAUGGGACUAGUGUUCAUCUCCUAGCUCAUCCUCCAGUGCUCAUCCUUCCCCUAUCCUCCCCAAGCCCCUCUAUCUCUCUCUCCUUGGUCUUUACCCGCCCCCCCAGUGCAGACAUUGAACCCUUUGCCCUCUGACCUCAGGCCAGGUGACGAUCAAUGUCCAUGUAUUUAUGUACAGUAUGGUGCCUGUCUUGUGGUGUGUGUAUAUAUCUUUAUGUGCGCUUGUGCUCGCUUGUGGUCCAGGUUUUCUUAGCAGAUUCAGUUCCGACUGGGUUCCAGACCCUAGAACUUCCAUCUCCCUUACCUAGAACUCAACCUGCGUAGAACCCUUCCACCCCAGCUGCUGCUUCUCUACAUAUCUAUGCUCAGCAGUGGCACUGCCCUACCCACUCCAAAUGCAGCAUGGCACAUAGGCAGCUUUUACUGCACGUACUUGUGUGUAUGUGGGAGGCGGAAAAAUUGGCCUAUAUAUGUGUAUAUAUGCCAAGUUCGUUUUAGUAUUAUAUAUUACACAUUGUACAACACCCCCUUUCUGUAUGUUUUUGCCUAGGUAUUCUUCUCUUAGAGACGAAAGGGUGUGUGUGAGAGAGUGUAAGUGUGCCUGUGUCAACCCCGUGUGCAUGUAUUGUCUGUCUGCCCGUUUGUUGCUGUUUUAUUUGUUUUCAUGGUCCAAGAUCCUUGAGAGUAAUUUGAUGUUGGAUCGUUGUGUGAUUUUUGUUCCUGUGUUGUAGUAGCAGCAGCAGCCGAUACACAUAUAACAAGGCUGAGGACCAGUACCAACAGUGUAUUGUUUCACACACAACCGCCACAAUAAAUGCACUUAACCCUGUCUAUGGAGUCUGGUAUGCCUGUAUCUGCUGUAUCGGUGGUCAUCUUCAACCCUGUCAAUGGAGUCUGGUAUGCCUGUAUCUGCUGUAUCGGUGGUCAUCUUCAACCCUGUCAAUGGAGUCUGGUAUGCCUGUAUCGGUGGUCAUCUUCAACCCUGUCAAUGGAGUCUGGUAUGCCUGUAUCUGCUGUAUCGGUGGUCAUCUUCAACCCUGUCAAUGGAGUCUGGUAUGCCUGUAUCGGUGGUCAUCUUCCUCACGCCUUUUUUUUUAAAGCUCAAACUCAGAGGCUGGCUGGAAAGAUGGAGGGAGGCUAUUCCCAACACAAAGACAGACAGACACAAGUUCACCGAUAUUACUUUGCCUACCACAAUUAUGGGGAUACACAUAUCCCUGUAUGACUGAGAACAUGGUGACAUGUUCCAUUUAGCCUUUUCCUCAGGUUGGGUUGAAGCCCUCCCAUGUUCCUGACAGAUCACAGGCCACUUCAGAACUCUCUGUUUAAAACCUCUUCUCACUCACCACAUCUCCCCCCCCCCCCCCCCCCCCCCCUCUCUCCUUCCCCAGUCCUGAGUCCAGUCAGCCGCUGUGCCAGAGCUUAAGGUGGAUUUGUCUAAAGUGUUCUCUGUCAGUAUGUUAUUGUGUAUGUGGGCCUGUCCUCUUUUGAAACUGUUUUCUGCUGUGUGUGUGUGUGUGUGUGUGUGUGUGUGUGUGUGUGUGUAUACACAUACAAACAUAGGUAUGAUUGAGAACAGUUGACUAUAAUGACCGUGUUACAAUCUAGCACUCUCCGUGUCUCUAGUAGCAUCUCACUCUACUUCUUUAUCUGGAAGACCACUUCAAUGGCAUGAUUUUACAAGUCUGUCUUGCCAAAGCUAAUGGUAGAAAGGAAAUAAUACAAUAUCAAGCAGAACAUCAACGAAUGGUAUGAAGAUAUCUUGCCUGUAGAAGGGUAUAGAUGGACGUAAGGAGUAAUUGGGGAAUUGAGUUGCAACAACGGUGGUUAUUUUAUUUGUGUCUCUCUCUCUCUCUAAAAUAAAAUCUCUCCCCUCUCACGUUCCAUUUGUUCAGUGUUUCUCUUCAAAAUACAUUUCUAACCCCUUGCAUGCCAACCUCUUAGCCCCUCUAUAACUAUAAACAGUAGCUGAACAUACAAGUUGUUAAAUUCUUUCAAGGACCCUGACUGCACUGCACAUCGUACUAAGACGGCGGGUUUGUUUUAAUUGAAUCAACGGAUUUAUAUUGUGGUGUGGUUCUUGUAUUAGGCGAUCGAUCACCUUACCCAUAAUCCAUGAUGAUACACUCAGGAACAGUAUACGUAUUCCUCCAGAGAUGGCGCUGGUUAGCCAUAACUAACUGCAGGCCUACAAGUUUAAUUCCAGAGAUGGCACUGGUUAGCCAUAACUAACUGCAGGCCUACAAGUUUAAUUCCAGAAAGCUAUACAUCUAUUUUCAGCAAUGUUGGUAAAUGACCUUUUUUAUUGUUUUAAAGAACUUCUAUUGGUAUGUUUUGUCACCAUCUAAUCAUGGCACGAGGUGUUCAAUGACAUAUGUAUGAAAAAUGAUCACUUGAUGGUUUUAUUUCGGAGAGACGUUUUGUUGCAAAAUGCUAUACUGUAUAUCCGCCUCAGUCCAAGUAUACUAAGUUUUACAGUCAAAUGUUAUAACUACAUUUUUUUUAAAUAAAGUGAACAAAUGAUA